GACAUUUCCCUCAAAUUCCCAAUGGCUUCCGGAACUACACCCUCACAACCGUGGGACGGUACAAGAGAAUGGCUCGCACAACCCGUAGUUGCAUCGUUCAUUGCUGGAGGUGUGGCAGGUGCUGUAUCGCGAACUGUUGUGUCCCCACUUGAGCGUCUCAAGAUCCUCUUUCAAAUUCAGAGUGUUGGCCGUGAAGAAUACAAAAUGUCGAUAGGCAAGGCUUUGGGCAAGAUGUGGCGCGAAGAAGGAUUCCGUGGGUUUAUGGUAGGCAACGGCACAAAUUGCAUCCGUAUCGUGCCUUACUCGGCCGUGCAAUUUGGAAGUUACAAUUUCUACAAGCGGCGUCUGUCAUGCGGUGCGAUCGCCGGUAUUACCUCAGUAACAUUCACCUACCCCCUCGACAUCGUCCGAACACGACUCUCGAUUCAGUCAGCCUCAUUCGCAGGCUUAGAAAAAGCAGAAGCUGGAAAGAAGCUACCAGGGAUGUGGCCGACAUUGAUCAAGAUGUACAAGACAGAAGGUGGCUUCUUUGCGCUCUACCGGGGUAUAGUCCCCACAGUUGCUGGUGUUGCGCCAUACGUAAGAACCUCCCAUGGUUUAUCGAAUCUCGUGAAACUGACUGUUGAAAGNGUUGGACUGAACUUCAUGGUCUACGAAACAGUUCGCGAGGCUUUUACUCCGGAAGGCUCCGACAACCCAAGCUCUAUCGGAAAAUUGGGUGCAGGUGCUAUCUCAGGAGCUGUCGCACAAACAUGCACAUAUCCNCUUUGGUUGCUGAUUGAUGUUAUCAGUGACUUGCUUCGCCGAAGAUUCCAGAUCAACACCAUGUCAGGCAUGGGCUACCAGUACAAAUCGAUCUUCGAUGCCGUCAGAGUGAUCGUCAAGCACGAAGGUAUCAAGGGUCUGUACAAGGGUAUUGCCCCCAACCUCNNCCUCAAGGUCGCUCCCAGUAUGGCCAGCAGUUGGCUGAGUUUCGAGCUCACGCGUGACUUCUUCGUUGGCCUGAAACCAGAAGUAUAA